AUGGUAGAAAUCAUAGCACCUAGUAUAAACUCUGACCCGGUGCUCGAAGUUCAACUGAAUUUCGAGUUACCCGCCUUUGCAGCUUGCACGGCCGCUCUUGUAACCUCCAGGUUAACAGCAGAGGCAGCCCUCACCCAGCUUGUUGAUGGCUGGACUCAAGAAUGCCAGGAACGCAUGGUCCUCUGGCAGCAGCAGCUUGACGAAGAUGCGCACACGCUCCAAGAAGCCGCAGACCAUGAGUGGGAAAAAAAGAAACCAAAGAUCAACGACUUCAAUGCUGACCUACCUGUUUCAGACAUUAUCAUCCCGCAUCCUUCUCAAUUCGCACUUCAAAAGGUCAAGAAUAUGGAAUCCAUCCAGCUCUGGUACUUCAGCCCCGACGGCUGUCAGGAAGCUCAAGACUGGAACAAAUCCUCCGCAGAUGACGCUCUAGGUCUUGAAAAGAUCGACGACAUUGUCACCCUGAAAUCAUUUUCUUCCUUCAAAGCCUCUAACAAAGCCUUACAGGAUCACGACCUCUCCUGGAGGCAGUUCAAUAUGGCCAAAACCAGCUUUCUCAUCCACAUGGAGAAAGCCAGUUGGCCCGACAAGCACCAGAUGGCACUCACGCUAUUCUUCACGCUCAUCACGAACCACAAACAUAGGCUACGCCCAUGGGGAGAGAAGACUCUCCUCCACUAUGCAAGCAUGGUUCACAGAGACUGGCAUGAUCGCCUCACCCUGAAUCAAGGUUUCAAUAUAGGGUUAUUCAACAAUGCCCUCUACAACAGCCUAUAG